CUCAGCUUCUUCCUUUCUCGAGCAAGAAAGUUUCCUCUCGAUUUUUCUCGGCACUUUCUCGGUUGCUCUUUAGUUUCUCCACUCCAGAAUCGCUGAGGAAAACGAUGGAGAACGAAACGGCGCCGUUUACUUACAGCGUCAUCACCUCUCACGGCGAACCUUCCGUCGGCGGCGGCGGCGGAGUCGUUAACCAAAUCUACCGCUCCAGCAGCGCGAUGCAGCAGCAGCGGCGCCAGGAUAUGGUGAACAGAGAGGCGCUGUGCUACACGCGGCUCCACGAGGCGUCGCUCGAAGCGGAAGUGCUCCGUCUCGAGAACACGGAGCUCCGAUCGAUGAAUCUCCACCUCAAGAGAGAGCUCGACGAGCUGAUCAGAUCCUCCGUCCAGAACAGCCGCCACAGAUUCGGUUACGAUCGGGUCCCGCUUCGGAUGCUCAGCAAUCUCUCGAUCGGAGACCGCGGCGGCGCCGAGGACGACGACGACGCGGAGAAUCGGAACCGCGCGGUUAGCCGAGAUGACGUCAGCGAGGAGAGUCCGACGAGCGUGAUUGCGAACGAGGAUCUGAACCGUUCUUCGCUCCCGAAGAGCAUCUCCGUCAGAUCCAGCGGUUACUCCAAGGCGAGCCAAGGUGGUGGUGGUUGUGGUGGUGGUGGAUCCGCCGCUGCUCAAUGUGGAAAAUCUCGUGGAGUCGUAGCUAAGCCUGGAGCUUGUGGUCAGCAACUCAGUACGACGCAAAGAGUAUACGUGCGAGGAGGGAAGAAAGAGGAAGAGGAGGAGAUAGAAGUGGAGGUGUACAAUCAAGGGAUGACAAAGACAGAGCUCUGCAACAAGUGGCAAGAGACGGGGACAUGCCCAUACGGUGAUCACUGCCAGUUCGCUCACGGCAUUAAAGAACUCCGCCCAGUGAUCCGCCAUCCUCGUUACAAGACUGAGGUUUGCAGAAUGGUACUCGCUGGUGACAUCUGUCCUUACGGCCACCGCUGCCACUUCCGCCACUCACUCUCGGAGCAAGAGAAGCUCGUGGCAUCUGCUGGUUGCAAACCCAACAACAAGUCCUGCAAGCUGGUUAAAUGAAAAACACAAGGUCUGAACCGUAUAUACCUAUAGGUGAACAGUACUAUACUUACCAUACAGAGAUAUUGAUAGCUAUUCGAAAGGAUUUGGCAAAUAGCAUAUUGGUAAAAGAGAAGUGAAUAAUGUUUGCAUUCGUAAGAGCGUGUUUUGUGACACUAUAAGUGGGGUUGUUUGAACAUUGCUUAUUCUGAGACUUCGAUGAGCAUUCUCCGGUUAUUCAGAUGAUUGUUUUUGUUAAUUACAUAGUAGAAGUGUUGAGCUUUCUUUUUGUAUAUCUCUAACCGAAAGGUUUUCGAUAACCAAUGUAAAUAUGCCCAUCUGGA